GAGCGGCGACUCGCGAGAUGUCACGUUCGUGCGCUUGACUGAGUUCAUUCCGCUUUGUUUUGCGGAGACGGGAGGUCGUCGCGUCGCAGUCGCUCGCCGCUCGCCGUUCGCCGUAUACAAUGUUUUUCUUGUUAAAUCUAUAUUUUGUGUGAAUACAACUUUCUUUUCCCAAGUUUCGUGUUAACUUUAAUAUAUCGCGUGCGCGUGUGUGUCCGGUAAACAACUUUCCGAGUCGAAACUGUCUGGCGUCGAUGUCAAUAUACUUGUCGGUGGCAUUUAAUGGGAAAGGUGUGCCGCGUCGUGCCGAGACCUGUCGGGUGGGUGCUGGCUAGUAGAGCUCGGCGUUGCGAGUCGGGAGUUUAGCAGCUGGAAUGUUAGGAAGCGAGCCCCACAAUGCCGACAUAUAGCCAUCCCUCGUGACACCAUGUAACAAAACGAAGACUGCAACCUGCCUUACACAGUACAAGAAAGAUGCCACGGAGAGAUAUUUUUCAUAGACGUUUUUGAAAGUAUUUUUGGAAGAAUUUUGUAGUUUGAAUAGUGAUGGCGACUGAGGGGGAGGCGGUCAAAGUGGAGGGGGGGCAUGUGUCAGUGACCACGAUAAGCAUGUCCGGGCCGGAGACGAGCAAUGGUCAAUUCUCGUAUAGCUCGAGCGGAGUGCGGAUCAGCGUAUCCUCGGACCCCCACGACGAGGACUCUACAGACGCUGAGAUAUCCAAGAUCGACUUCUCCCAACACCAGUACGAGGUAAACAUGCGUAACAAGAAGAAGCGGUCGUCCAGCGGACACGAGCCAGGGGACACGGAGCGGCCCAUGUCCUGGGAGGGAGAGCUGUCUGACUCCGAAAUGGUCAUAGACACCAGCGUCAACAUGAACGACCCAUGCAGCUCACCGGACCUACAAUCGUCUCGGGACUCCAUAGACACGCUCCGCAACGUCACCAUAAAGCAGGAACCUCUAAAAACGGAGCAGUUCCAAAGCCUGGACGACCAACGUGUGCUGGACCUCAAGUACACACCCAUACAGCCACAUCAGAGGAGCCUUAGUAUGAACCGGAUAUCGGUAGUAACGGAAAGCGCCCCGCUGCGUCGCCCUUCGUCCCCCGCUGCCAAAAUGGAGGCCCAGCCCAUGCCGCAGCCUUCAGGGGAGAUACAGAACCUCACCAUCAAGAAGGAGAGUCGAGAGUUGUCAGAGCUAAAAUGCGAGCCGUCAGUGGGCAUGGACAAGUUGCUGGGCGCGCUUCACGGCUCCCCACUGCUGGGCAGACUGCCGCGAGUCCAGUCCAGCGCCAGCACGGAUUCCGCCGUCCAUUCCAUGUACACACACAGUGUCUACAGCAGCCCAUCGGCCAGUCCGCGAGCGUCGCGGCACUACACCCCGUCUCUUUCUCGCAACAACAGCGACGCAUCGCACUCUUCCUGUUACUCUUACAGCUCGGAGUUCUCACCCACACACUCACCUGUCCAGGGUCGGCAUCCGCACGUCCUCUACCGAGAACAGAACCCUGUGUUCCCCGCGUCACCGGCCGACGACGAGGAUACAGGCGAAGACCGUCUACAUCACCACCAGGGCAUCAGCAGGCAGCAGCUGAUUAACAGCCCCUGCCCCAUAUGCGGCGACAAAAUAAGCGGUUUCCACUACGGGAUAUUCUCCUGCGAGUCCUGCAAAGGGUUCUUCAAGAGGACCGUCCAAAACAGAAAGAACUAUAUGUGUCUACGCGGCGGCAGUUGUCCUGUCACGGUGGCCACUAGGAAAAAGUGCCCGGCGUGUAGAUUCGACAAGUGUCUUGGCACUGGGAUGAAACUUGAAGCCAUACGAGAGGAUCGAACCCGAGGCGGCCGCUCGACGUACCAAUGCUCGUACACAUUAUCAGGAGCAGUGUCGACUGGGUCUCUACUAUCCGCACCCGUGCCUCCUACGCUACGACACGCCUCGAGCCUCACUUGCGUGAACGGCCCCGGGUCAUACAGCCGAGGGGAGUCCAGCAACAGCCGACUCACGCCAGACAUUCCGCCGUUAUUGCAGGAAAUAAUGGAUGUGGAGCAUCUCUGGCAAUACAACGAGUCGGAGCUGAACCGCCUCGGGAAGUCCACGGGCAGCCCCUCGGCCAACCCCUUACUCGCCGCCUCAGGCAUCACGGCCCAGAACUCGAGCCCGGACUUUCUGGCAGACCUGUGCAAUAUAGCCGAUCAUAGGCUGUACAAGAUUGUCAAGUGGUGCAAGAGCUUGCCGCUAUUUAAGAAUAUUUCGAUCGACGACCAGAUCUGCUUGCUGAUCAACAGUUGGUGCGAGCUACUAGUACUGUCUUGCUGCUAUCGCGGUGUGGGGACCCCAGGGGAAGUACGCGUGGGGGGAGGGAGGGGCAUCACGCUACACCAGGCUGCCAAAUUGGGUCUGACUCCGUGCAUAGAGCGUAUGCUGAGCUUCACGGACCACCUGCGUCGGUUGAGGGUCGACAGGUACGAGUACGUGGCGCUCAAGGUCAUCGUGCUCCUCACUUCAGACGCCCCAGAGCUACGUGAAGCGGAGAAAGUCCGCGCCUCACAAGAGAAGGCGUUGGGUGCGCUCCAGGCGUACACCGCGGCGCACUCGCCCGACACGCCCGCCAAGUUCGGCGAGCUGUUGCUGCGUAUACCGGAGCUGCAGCGCACCUGCCAGUUCUUCAUGCAAGUCGGCAAAGAAAUGUUGAACCCGGCAAACAAAAGCAAAGAUGGCGACGGUCCCAGCUUCAACCUGCUGAUGGAGCUGCUAAGGGGAGACCACUGACAGUACACUCUGGUAUUUGCUCAAUAUCGGACCCUGAC